AUGGCUCGUUACGGUGUUACUUCUACCAACCCAGCUAAGUCUGCCUCUGCCCGUGGUUCUUACUUGAGAGUUUCUUUCAAAAACACUCGUGAAACUGCCCAAGCCGUUAAUGGUUGGAACUUAGAAAAAGCUCAAAAAUAUUUGGAUCAAGUUUUAGAUCACCAAAGAGCUAUUCCAUUCCGUCGUUUUGCCGGUUCUAUUGGUAGAACUGCUCAAGGUAAAGAAUUUGGUGUUACCAAAGCUAGAUGGCCAGCUAAAUCCGUUAACUUUAUCAAAGAUUUAUUACAAAACGCUCAAUCUAACGCUGAAGCUAAAGGUUUAGACGUCUCUAAAUUAAAAAUCUCUCACAUUCAAGUUAACCAAGCUCCAAAACAAAGAAGAAGAACUUACAGAGCUCACGGUAGAAUCAAUGCCUACCAAUCUUCUCCAUCCCACAUUGAAGUCAUCUUAACUGAAGAAGAAGAAGCUGUCUCUAAAGCCCCAGAAGAUAAGAAAAUCAGAUUAAAUUCUAGACAAAGAGGUAGAUUAGCUGCUCAAAAAAGAUUAACUUCUGCUUAA